GACAAAAGUAUCAACCUAAGCACAAUUUAUACUCCAUUUGAUUAGUGAACUUCCAACAUGGUGACAAUUACAAUUAAUCAACUGUCUCUUUUUCCAUGGUUAAUAUUGAUCAUUUUCUCGUCACAAUUUGAGGUCAACGAAGCAAGUAAAGCCGAAGUUCUUCAACAAUAUUGGCUUUCUAAUUGUUUCCUGAAAGGAUAUGCUUUGAAAAAUAUCGAAACAGUCAACUGUAAAUCCUUAGAUUUGCCAAGUAACCUGACCAGUGUCAAAGAGUUUGAAAGGAAUGCCUUGGAUUUUAUCAAUUAGGUUGUGAGUUCAGUCAGAAAAGUCUCUUCUGUAGCAUCGGUGUUUCCAAAGUCAUUUCGGACUAUCCUCGAAAUGCAAAUUUCUCUUGCGCUGAGAUCGCCAUUCUCCAGGAUGAAACCAAUGUGGCCUUUGAAUGUUGUUCUACCUGUAAGGUGGGCAUAAUCGAUGCACCUCUUAAAGAUAAAUGUGAGAUUAAAAAUUUAUCCAGUCUCACCGAAAGAGCUCAACAACGAUGCUGUGAAGUCCAUACCGCAUUCACUAGAACGGCGAGUUUUAAUUCAAACUCAGUGGUAUCUAAUUUAGUACCUUCAUCGGAUAAUAUCACAAUCGAUGAGAUAUCAACGAUUGCACUGGAAAAUGAUAUCAAGAUCAACAAAUCAUUAGCAUUCAAAUUGGACAGUUCAACUACAACAAUCAGUCCAGUCUUGCCAAUAGAAGAUGCCACUUCGAAAGAUAGUACAAUACCCACCACGGCCACGAGUGAGCCUGAACUAUCAACUGAUCAACCAAUUAUCAACAAUGAAACAAUAAAUAAUGAUUCAAAAUUGGUUAACAACGGUUCGACCACAAGUCCAGUAACCGAAACUCCAAAAAUGGCCCAUGAAACAGUGUCUUCACCAAAAAGUACAAUCGAAACUACAGAGUCAACAGCCUCCACCUCAAGCUCAACGUCGAUAGCAGCUCGUAGCUCAGAUUGUGACCCAGGUUAUCACAUGUCUGGGUUUUCUGAUGAAUGUGAGGAUACCGAUGAAUGUGAGGAAAUAGCUGAUGUUUGUCCACAGGAAAAGUGCUUCAACACCAAGGGAAGUUACAAAUGCUGUCCACUUGGAACUGAAAUGGACUCGAAAAAUGAAUGUAUUUACAUUGACCAAUGUUCCAAAGACCGUUGUUAUCAGUCGGUGGAAGAUCAACAUUAUUGUGUUAACUAUUUCGUCGGCCGUGAAUGUAUUGAUAAACAAACGGAAGGAUAUAAAUUCCUGGAGGGAAGGGAUGAUAUUCAAGAAUUAAUCGACCGAAAGAAUAAAUCAAUCCCUCGAUAUUUAGAAUUGUCCCAGAAAGAAAUCGUUAUAAAAGAAAAUGAAAAAUUCUCGAAACAUGGAUUGAUACGAAUGAAGUUCAAGGAAGAAACUAAUUGUGAAUGGAGUUUCAAUUUAGAUUCAGUUUGGGCUCCAAAUGAUGAGGAUAAAAUUAAAGAAAAACAAUUUGAUCACAAAACUGAUGGGGACAAAUUCUUAGUUGAAAUUAAUGGUCUAGUUAAACCUCAAAGUGUCGCGAUCUCAGUUACAUGUGACAAACCUGAUUAUCCAUAUUACAGAAAUACAAUUUACUUCACCUUCAGACCUGAAACAAUGAGCCCAUAAUUAACUAAUUAGUUAACCAUUAGCAACUUCCCCUCUCCCAUUGAAAUAAUGAUAUAUAAAAAAAUAUCGAGAUUUAUUUUUGUUUAAAUUGUUCACAUGGUGAAUUGUGAUCAUCAAUUUGAAAUUGAAAUCGCCAAGAAAUUUAAAUAAUUGAAAUAAAAUUAUUAACAUUUUAAA